CUCUCCUCGUCACAGUCAAGUGCAGGCUUGCUAUUGUUAUCCCAUCUCGCACCUCUGCUCGACGACAGUGAAGUCAGCCAACCCACUCGCACUCGGCUCCGCGUCCCGGCCAGCCCGCCAUGACUGCAGCGUUGACGACGACCCGCCGCUACCACCAGCUCGACCCUAACAACAAUUACCACCCUCGACUCGACCAUUUGCCACCAACCCGCACUUCACCACAUCACUUCCACCACCACUCGUCCGUGUCCCCCCUCGCACACAUGGACAAGCUCGACACGCUCGAGCUCUCCCCAGGCAAGGGCCUCGGCCUGUUCCGCCUAGGCGACACGCUCUGGCACGUGCUCGACAUCCUCCGCUCGCGCAAGACCGAGGUGCCCAAGAUCGAGGUGUCGUGGGAUCCUGACAACGCCCACAAAACAGCCGUCACUGUACACGCUGGGCCUGUUGCCCUCCUCUUCCCUGCGUCGCGCGAGCAGCGGCUGGCACUCAUCCAUGUCGUGCUGGGCGAGCAGCAGCACCUCACUCUUACCUACCAGGGCCAGGUGCUCGCUUCGAGAUCGCAUCAGCUCACGCGUGCCGGUGUCUCCAGAGCCCUUGGCCCGACGUUCGGCACGACGGGUGCAGCGCGCCUCUCGUACCCUGGCGUCGGGUUCGAGCUCGCGCCCGCAGGAGGGCGUGAGGACUUGGUCGUCGCGGUCAACGUGUCCCCACGCGAGGAGGGCGUUCUGCCUACAAUCGAGCCGCUGGCCCAGUGUGUUCUCAAGCCCGGACGAGGAGCGACACUGUACAUCCCGCACGCGGUCGAGAUUGUCCUGGGCGAGACGACGUCCCAGGAUCUCUUGGUCGAUCUCGGCCCACCACUACGGACGUACUGGAAAGAGGACGACCGCCUAGAUCGCGUCUGGGGCCAGGAGCGGGACGCGGACGCGAACGGCCAAGAAGCAGAUACCUCCAACUCGUGCUUCUGGAACUACUUCCAGCACGGGCUCGACUUCCUGGUCACAGACGGCGUGGUGACCAAGCUGAUUGCGUAUUCAAACAUUCCUGGUACGCCUCAGUUCCAGCAGUACGCCCGGUGCCCGUGGGUUGUCAACUCGGACGCCAUCGAGCUCGACUUCACGUCGCCGCUGUCUUCAUUCAGAACACAUUUGUCCGGGGCGACACCGGCAGCCGCACCACCACCCUCCAGCCACCUGACGGUCGAGUCUGAGGGACCGUCGCGCACAGGCACACCAGCGGGCAAGAAGAAGAACAAGUCGAGGUCUCAGACUCCCAGCGAGGCUCCGACAGUAGCCACGACUACCACCCGGGCUGCGCCUGCCGACGUUCCAGCCGACGCCAUGGUCCUCGAUCGGACUGUCGAGGGCGGCCUCGACGGCGUCGUGGGCAUGGGCAGUAGCCAGCUUGUCGGGUUCGACGGCCUCAUUGUCGAGGUCGACGACCGCAGCGGCGGCAUCUCGUCUGUGCAGGUGUGGUGGCGAGACGACGAUGCGUGAUUGGUGUACUCCAUCCCUCCUCUCCUGUUGUAUAGAACGCACGUACAUUGAAUUGCUGAGCGCACGGAUUGUAUGCAUUAGUCUUGAGCGG